UACUGCCACACAAAAUAUACUGUUUUUUGAGGCAAACAAAAUGUCGCUUAUAAAAAACUUGGUUAAAGAACAUGAACCAAAACCAAAGAAAAAGAAGAAGGAUGCAGAUGGAGGAUCUGGAGACAGCGAUUCCGAUGGAAAGGACAAGCCCCUGCGGCCAUUCGUCAAAACCGCCACAGAUCUGCAACGGUUGAAGCUGGAGAAACUCAUGAAAAAUCCGGAUAAACCUGUGAUCAUCCCUGAGCAAAGGCGCGAACGGGACUUCAUGUCCUCGGUGCCCACCUUCGUCCGGAAUGUGAUGGGCAGUAGUGCAGGAGCGGGUUCCGGAGAGUUCCAUGUGUACCGCCACCUACGCCGGAAGGAGUACGCCCGCCAGAAGAACAUCCAAAACCAGAGCGCCCGCGAAGCUGCAGAUGACGCCUAUCAGCAGAAGUUGGAUGACAAUCGUCGGGCGGCUGAAGAGAAAACUGCCAAGAAAAGAGCCAAAAGGCUGAAGAAGAAACAGCGGGCCAAGAAGCCCAGGGACGAAAAGAAGCCACAGGCUAAGGAAGCCUCAGAGUCUAGUAACUCCGAUUCCGAGCAGGAAGAAGCUCCAGAGACAACUGAGGAAAAGGGAGACGCUAACGUCGAUGAAGUUAAAGAGGAUAAAGAUGAAAGCAAGGAACCUCCAAAAGUUGAGGCAACAGAUCAAGAUUCAGAAGCCUUUAAUGAAGGAUCUUCAGCAGGAACCACUAGCGAAGAACCUAAGAAUGAAAGCAAGGAACCUUCAAAAGUUGAGACAACGGAGAAAGAUACAGUACCCAGUAGUCAAGAAUCCACAGCAGCAUCCACUAGCGAGGAAAAAAAGUCAUUGGAAACCGAGACCACCGAAGGUACAUCUAAAGAAUCCGAGAAUGCAGACCAAGUACCAGACAAUCCCAAAACGGAUAACGAGAACUAGACCUAACUACCAUUGCAUCCCUAUUAAUAAACCAUUUAGUUAUUAAUAAAACAAA